AUGUCGACGCGCGACGGCUGUGGCGGCCGGCGUGGCGGCCACGAAGCAGCAGGCCGUGGAGGUGGCGGUGGCGGUGGCGGCCGAGGGCGGGGCGGCCGUGGCGCCGCGGAGCUCGGUGGCCGUGGCGGACAAGGGCGGGGCCGGGGCGGCGCGGAGCUUGGUGGUGGCCGAGGUGGCGCCGUCGGUGCGGCUCGUGGCGGCGGUCGUGGAGGCGGCGAGCAGAGAGGGGGACACCAGUUCUUCCACGGCGCCCACCAGCCGGUCGGUGGUGGUGGUGGGCGAGGCGGCGGUGGCGGACAUUACCACCACCAUGGCGGCGUGCCUGCUCAGCAAGGUGCUCUUCAGGGCCAGCCGCGCUGGCAAGUGGCCGCGCCGCCGCCGCCGCCGCCGGCGGCGGCGGCGUCGAGGCCGAGACCUGCGGAAGUCGAGGCGCUGAGCGGCGAGGUGGAGAGGAAAGCGGCUGUGACGGCAGUGGCAGAGGCAGAGGCGCGCGAGGGGCCGUCGGGCACCGCGCGUGAGCCUGCUGCCGCCGCGGCGAGAAUCGAGGAGCAGCAAGGGACGUCGCUGGGGGCGGCAGACCAGGGGGCUGCCGCUCAGGGGAGGCUGCCUCCGGCGUCGAGCAAGGCGCUGGUGUUCCCCCCGCGGCCGGGGUACGGCACGCUCGGCCGGAGGUGCCGCGUGCGCGCCAACCAUUUCCUCGUCCAGGUGGCGGACAAGGAGAUCUACCACUACGACAUCGUGAUUACUCCAGAAUCAGAGUCAAGGAAAAGAAAUAGAUGGAUCGUUAACGAACUCGUUAAACUGCACAAGCAAUACUUGGAUGGGCGACUGCCUGUUUAUGAUGGUAGGAAGGGCCUUUUCACUGCUGGUCCUCUACCGUUCAAAGCCAAAGAAUUUGUUCUAAAACUAACCAAUCCUGAGAGAGCAAACCAGGGUGAGAAAGAGUACAGGGUGACCAUAAAAGAUGCUGCAAAAAUAGAUAUGCACAGCCUUAGGCAGUUCUUGGCUGGUAGGCAGAGGGAACUGCCACAGGAUACUAUCCAAGGCCUUGAUAUUGCUUUGAGGGAAUGUCCAAGUGAAAAGUAUGUAUCCAUCUCAAGAUCAUUUUUCUCAAAGGCAUUUGGACAUGGUGGUGAUAUUGGCAGUGGUGUGGAAUGCUGGAGGGGGUACUACCAAAGUCUACGUGCUACACAAAUGGGACUGUCCUUGAAUAUUGAUAUUUCAGCAACUGCAUUUUACAAGGCUCAACCGAUUUUGGACUUUGCAUUGGAGUACCUCAAUAUACGUGACACCUCAAGGCGUUUGUCUGACCAGGAUCGCAUAAAAUUGAAGAAAGUCCUCAAAGGAGUACGGGUUGUGGCAACACAUCGUCGUGAUAUAGCCAUACGUUACAAGAUUACUGGGAUAACCUCACUUCCCUUGAAUGAUUUAACGUUUGAUCAAGAUGGGACAAGGGUUUCAGUUGUUCAAUACUUUAAACACCAAUAUAAUUACUGUUUGAAACACAUUCACUGGCCAUGCCUUCAAGCUGGCAGUGAUAGCAGGCCAACUUAUUUACCCAUGGAGGUUUGCAAUAUACUUGAAGGACAACGCUAUUCUAGAAAGCUAAAUGAGCGCCAAGUCACAAGCAUCCUGAAGAUGGCAUGUGAGCGACCAACUCAAAGGGAGGGUAGCAUUUUAGAGGUAGUUAAUAGGAACAACUACGGUAAUGAUCAUUGUGCCAAAGAAUUUGGUAUUAAGGUGACAAAUGAACUUGCCUUGGUUGAUGCGCGUGUGCUGCCAGCUCCGACACUUAAGUACCAUGACUCUGGGCGAGAAAAAGUGUGUAGUCCUUCCAUUGGUCAGUGGAACAUGAACAACAAGAGAUUGAUCGAUGGAGUAUCCAUUAAGUAUUGGGCUUGUGUGACUUUUGCUUCUCGCUUGCAUCCAAAUGACGUCCGGAUGUUUUGCAACAACUUGGUUGGGGCGUGCAAUGAUAUUGGCAUGCAAAUAAAUGGAAGACCUUGUGUUGAUGUUGGGCAAGCUCGCCCAGAUAACUUAGAAGCUGCACUCAGAAAUACUCAUAGGCAGUCUGCACAAAUACUUGCCCAACAAGGUGUGACUAGCCCACAGCUUGAUUUACUAAUUGUUGUAUUGCCAGAUGCAAAUGCAAGUUUCUUUUAUGGAAGGAUAAAGCGUCUUUGUGAAACUGAACUUGGUAUAAUAACUCAGUGUUGUAUACCUAAGAAUGUUCAUAAAGGUGGCCGACAAUAUCUCCAAAACCUGGCCCUUAAAAUUAAUGUUAAGGUUGGUGGUCGUAAUACAGUUCUUGAAGAUGCUUUAAAUAGGAGGAUACAUUUGUUAACAGAUUUGCCAACAAUAAUCUUUGGAGCUGAUGUUACCCACCCAGCUCCAGGGGAGGAUGCAUCCCCGUCUAUCGCUGCGGUUGUUGCAUCAAUGGAUUGGCCAGAAGUUUCAAAGUACAGGUGCUUGGUGUCUUCUCAAGGUCAUAGGGAAGAGAUCAUAGCUGAUCUUUUCACACAAGUGAAGGAUCCACAAAAAGGACUACUUCAUGGUGGAAUGAUCAGGCAUGCUGAACAUAUUAACUUUGCUGUUCUUCCAAUAAAUGAUCUUUCCUUUUUUUUUUUGAAGUCAUAUCGUUGCUGCAGGGAACUACUUGUAUCAUUCUAUAGGGCAAAUGGGAGCCGAAAACCGAGCAGGAUAAUUUUCUAUCGAGAUGGUGUCAGUGAGGGGCAGUUUAGCCAGGUCUUGCUUUAUGAAGUGGAUGCAAUUCGAAAGGCUUGUGCCAGCUUGGAAGAGGGCUACCUUCCUCCAGUUACAUUUGUUGUGGUGCAAAAGCGGCAUCACACACGGCUUUUCCCUGAAGAUCAUCGUGCACAAGGACAGACAGAUCGUAGUGGAAAUAUUUUGCCAGGAACUGUUGUUGACACGAAGAUAUGUCAUCCAAGUGAAUUCGACUUCUACCUUUGUAGCCACUCGGGCAUUCAGGGAACGAGCCGUCCAACACACUACCAUGUUCUGUUUGACGAAAACAAUUUCACCGCUGAUGCACUACAGACAUUGACCUACAAACUGUGCUACACGUAUGCGCGGUGCACGCGAUCAGUCUCUAUAGUUCCCCCAGCAUACUACGCGCACCUGGCGGCUUUCCGUGCGCGCCACUACUUGGAUGAUGGCCUCUCCGACCAGGGAUCGUCUUCUGUGGCGAGCUCUCGCCAGCAAGAUCGCGCUGCUCCAGUGAAGCAGCUGCCGAAGGUGAUGGAGAGCGUCAAGCAGUUCAUGUUCUACUGCUGAAGCUGGCCUUGCAAGAACCGGCAUCAACGCUUUUGUAGCCGUGAAACUCCAGGUCGAGUAGCCGUGAAACCGGCUUUUGUAAAUAGGGUAAACUAGCACUGAAGGCCUGGCGCAUGACCUCUAAAUCAUAUUUUGGGCUGGGCGAGUCUUGCAUCCAAAACUCGCCAGAAAACCGCGAACUGAGGUCAUGCUGGCCCGCUUCAAAUCUUUUUGGUUGACUUUGUAAAACUCCUGGGCAAGUGCUUGUGAUUUUGAGAGCUUUUCAGUUGCAACCUUGCGGCUAUUGCUUCUGAAAUUUCUUCCUGUACUAGGUGCUAUGUGCUUUAUUUGACUUGAUGCA